AUGUGCAGCGGCCCCCACGCCUCGCGUCCGUUCGACUUCUUCUUUGUCCAGACGGUCGAUUCGGACAACCAUUACGUUCUGUGUAUCCCCAUGGACCCCCCGGAAGCCCAUCCCGUGGACGACGACUCUGAAAUUGAUGUCCUGCCGGUCAUCUUCACCAUAAUCGGGCAGAUCGCGCCCGAGGAGUGCUUCCUCACCACGGCCGGAGAUGAGCGGGAGGACCGUCCGGAUCACGCUCGAGGUGGGCCCCUUGCUUCUUGCUGGAUGGAGUCGCGCGCGGACCGCAGCUCCUGCUUGGAGUGGCGUCAACUUCCGUCGGCUAUCGAGCACGUUGCAUCGGCCGCUGUCGCCGGGGAGCCCCUUAACACCUCGCGUGUUCUCCGCUUUGCCCCAAACGAUGGCGCGGUGCAAUUGCGUGUGCGAUUCGUUCCAAACAGUGGCGAGCUGAAGGACACUCUGCCGGUUUUCGACAACGACGCUAACACCCGCUGUGCCCCUGACUCUGCCGAUGAAAUACCGUUCAACAAACCUUUCCGCGCCAUGUUUACGCUGGAGUACGUUAUUGAAGGGACUGAGAAGUAUUUGUUUGCUGACUUGUUCUCCCUGGACUCGAUCUAA